UUCCAGAACAGCGCAAUGUUCGAGCAAGCAAAUGAAGAAGCGGAGUUGAAUGUGGAGGCAUCGAAUCUAUCUGCCGAUGUACAUUCUGUUAGAAAAGCUCCUAUUUCUGCCGAUUUUGAUGGAUACGUAAGCGUAGGUUCCGGCGAAGAUGGUUCCAAUAUACUUGAAAUUCCUGUUGACGACGAUGGUAACUUACCGAUAGCUACACUUUCACAUUCGUUUCCUGAAGCCAUAGGACUAAAAUUUAAAAAUCAGUCGACUGGAGUUUACCGAACUUUAGCGGUAGAUGAACAAAAGCGGUGCAUCUAUCCACCAAAAGGUGGUUGGGGGACACGACGUUAUGUGGCGAUUUUUGCGACUCCACCAGGUGAUCGAAAACGGCCGUCGAACGAUGUUAUGGGGGAUCUAGUAGGGGAAAAACGCUCUGGCUUGGAUGGUAGUUUGAAUGAAAGUUUGCGUGUACCGGUAGAUUUAAUCGUUCUCAAUCUCUCUUUCAAAACAGAUGAAGAGGCGCUCAAAAAAUUUUUCGAACAAUACGGUGAAGUUCAGUACGUUGAGGUCAAACGCGACUUUAAAACCAAUAUGCCAAAAGGUUAUGGGUUUGUGAAAUUCGCCGAUAUUGAAUCACAGGACAAAGUACUUCGGGAUAAAGAAGUUUUUAUCGAUGGAAGAGUAACACAGGUAAAACUUCCAAACCAUUUUACCAACAGGGUUUCCCAGCAGCCAUCCUUUGAAAUGUUUCCUGUACAGGAAACAAUCUCAACAAAAUUAUAUGUUGGACGCGUGUGGAACACACUAACAGAAAAAGAUAUAUUCGAUGUUUUGGAUGCAGAAGCAAAGAAACUUUCUCCUCUUGCCAAAAUUGAACGAGUGUUCAUCCCAAAACCUCAUCGUGGUUUUGCAUUUGUAACGGUGAACGAUCCAAAUGUAACAAGACGGUUUUGUCAAAUACGCGAUUUUAUCAUCAGGGGUAAAAGUGUAUGCGUCAGCAUUCCAACACCAAAAAAUAGUGGAAAGCAAAUGCAACAACAUAUGCAAAGUCAAGACGUAUAUCCUACUCAGUAUCCAAUGCCACAGCCGCCACAGAGCUCUGUGUAUUCCUCCUACCCUCCGUCCAUAAAUUAUCCAGGUCAGCUUCCACAAAAUCAGAACUGGGUGAAUCCACGGACCACAUAUCGUAACCCCGGAGCGCCGAUGCACUAUCCCCAUGAUUAUAAUUCGCAGUGGAAAUAAAAGUCCGCGCCUUAAUUAUAUUUGAAUCUUCUUUUUAUGAAUUGUUAUACACUCUAGCAGUGUUACGUUUCAAAGUUAUAUAUCGGUUGGCAGUACUGCAGUUCACGAAAUGUCCAUAUUAGCAUACUGUAUAUAAAGUAAGCAGUACCAAACGAC